AUGAUAGACUCAACUGCUUUGAAUGGGAGGAUGGCCAGAUGGCAUAUCUUACUUUAUGAAUUUGAUAUAGUCUAUGUCAGUCAAAAGGCUGUGAAAGGGGGUGCAAUAGCUGACUUUCUGGCUAGUAGGGCUUUGGAGGAUUACGAGCCAUUGAGUUUUGAUUUCCCAAAUGAAGACUUGAUGUAUGUAGCAGCUGCUGAAGAAAAUUCCCAAGAGGGUCACAAUUGGAACCUAAACUUUGAUGGAGCCUCAAACGCUGUUGAAUAUGAAGCGUGCAUCAUGGGCAUUCGUGCAGCUAUAGAGCGGAAAAUCAAAGUACUGGAGGUCUAUGGAGACUCGGCAUUGGUGAUAUACCAACUUAAGGGAGAAUGGGAAACGAGAGAUCCCAAAUUAAUUAGUUAUCGAAAGUUGGUCCUUGAAUUGAUGAAAGAGUUUGAAGACAUUACUUUCUAUUAUCUCCCACGAGACGAGAACCAGAUGGCUGACGCAUUAGCUACUCUAGCUUCCAUGAUCAAAGUAAACCGACAAGAGGACAUGAAGCCUAUCCAGAUGAGCAUCUAUGAAAGCCCGACCCAUUGUUAUAAUAUCGAAGAGGGAGAAAUGGAUGAUAGUCCUUGGUAUCAAGAUAUAUUACAAUAUGUAAAGAAUCAUGAGUAUCAUGACCAGGCAACUGAGAAUGAUAAGAGGACUCUGAGAAGACUAGUCAUUGAUUACAUCUUAGAUGGGGAGAUCUUAUAUAAGAGAGGAAAUGAUCAGGUACUAUUAAGAUGUGUAGACGCCGUGGAAGCUAAUAAAAUAUUGGAGAAGGUCUAUGAGGGUAUUUGCGGAACGCAUACUAUUGGGCUUAUGAUGGCUAGAUAG